CUGCGGGCCGGGCGGGCGGCUGUCGGCGGCGGGGCGCGGGCCGCAAGAUGGCGACCGCCAUGUACCUGGAGCACUACCUGGACAGCAUCGAGAACCUGCCGUGCGAGCUGCAGCGGAACUUCCAGCUGAUGCGGGAGCUGGACCAGAGGACGGAAGAUAAGAAAGCCGAAAUCGACCGCCUGGCCGCCGAGUACAUCGAGUCGGUGAAGAGCAUGUCAGCCGAGCAGCGGGUGGAGCACCUGAGGAGGAUCCAGAGCGCCUACAGUAAAUGCAAGGAGUACAGCGACGACAAAGUGCAGCUGGCCAUGCAGACCUACGAGAUGGUGGAUAAGCACAUCCGCCGGCUGGAUGCGGACCUGGCGCGGUUCGAAGCGGAUCUGAAGGAUAAACUGGAGGGCAGUGACUUUGAGAGCUCUGGAUCACGAAACCUGAAAAAGGGAAAAAGUCAGAAAGACAAAAGAAGCUCUCGUGGCCGAGGCAAGCGGACGUCUGAAGAGGACACACCAAAGAAAAAGAAGCUGAAAGGAGGCUCCGAGUUUGCUGACACCAUCCUGUCAGUGCAUCCCUCAGACGUCCUGGACAUGCCUGUGGACCCCAACGAACCCACCUACUGCUUGUGUCACCAGGUGUCCUAUGGGGAGAUGAUUGGCUGUGACAACCCAGAUUGCCCGAUUGAAUGGUUCCACUUCGCUUGUGUGGACCUCACCACCAAACCAAAAGGGAAAUGGUUUUGUCCACGUUGUGUUCAGGAAAAGAAGAAAAGUAAGAAGUAAAGGGGGGAAUACCUCCUCCGAGGCAAGAAGAGUUUUAAUAUAUUCCUUCCUUCAUGUUGCAAUAUCAUCUUUGAUUUUGAUUGUGAUUUUAAAACCUGCCCUCCUCCCAUUUCUGAUAGGCUAUUUAAUUGUCCAGCGGCCAGUUGUAACUCCUGUUCUUUUGUAAGACGAUGACUUUGGGAAGGGAGGAAUUUGCCACAGGGAUUUUAUUUAUGUUACUCUCUCACAGCACUGAGAUCAGUGUUACUCUGAAGUGCUACAACAGCCCGUCGCUGUAGUCUGCUUGUUUUUAGGAGUCCAUUAAACCCUGUGAGGCACUGCAGGAGAUUGAGACACCCAGCCUUCAGUGUGAUGCAUACCAUUGCUGAAGUCAUUCAGACCUGGAGCUUAGCAUGACAGAAAAAGCAAUGCCCUCUCAUGCAGCCUACAGGAAAGGAUUAUUUCCAUUGUUUUGAUGUGAUGCCCAUUUGUUGUGCAGUUUUGUAGUACAGAGAGGCUCAAAAAGGCUGAUUAGCUGAUUAGCAGAAGCAAACAGUGUGGCUUUUAACCUCCUUCUGUAAAAGCCUCGUGUCUCCUGGAACAAAACCUUUUAACAUCAAAGGGUUGUCCUGCAGUGCUGACAGUAGUACCGAGAGAGCAAGUUACCUUUCCUGUCAGUUUUUGUUGCUUUAAAAAUUAACUUUAAGUGUGUUACUGUGAAGUUGAAACCUAGAGUAUUGUGACAGGGGGUCCGAUUUGUCCAUACAGUAAGAUGAAGGCCUGAUUUUCUGUCAUAUCUCAAGCUUUAAGGGAAGAUUCUAUUAGGACAGCGUGUACGUGCCAGUGACGAUGCAGCAAAGCUGAAAGGUGGCUGUGUGGUAGUGUGGUGGGAGUUGGGUUCUUGAGUAGCUUUUGCUAUGAAGAAGUGCCAUUAGAGAAGGCAGUGCAGCAGGAAUGUCUUUAAAUUACUGCUUGUCUUUUUUGAGGGGGCAAGUUUGCCUGUUCUUUACUUCUUGAGGCUGCCUUUCAGAUCUCGAAUGUGAAUGCUUGCUGUCAUCACAGUGUCAGUUGCUGCAGCAAAACGGAUGAGAAAGAAAUCAUGAGUAGGAAAACAAAACUCUGUUCUAGUAAGCUUUUUUUCCUCCUUCCUCUGAGUUAACAGUGGAUGCAGAAGUCGAGGGAAGAACAGAUAACUGUUGUCUUUAGGUAUCUCCUGUAUUAUGGGGCUUACCUUCCUACAACAGAGACACUGUGGGUAAAGUGUCUCUGUUGUUCUGCCAGGGGAGGGAGAAAACAAAGCAAAAGCCCCUGCAGCAGGAUGGAGCAGGGUCUGUGAUCCUGUGAUGGCCCUUAAUUGCAUCUGCCCAUUGCUGUGCAUGCCAGCUCUGGAUGCAGGCUGCUGGAAGGGCUUCCAGAUAAGCUCUUUCUUCUGCUUUAAAAGCAACCUGAAUAAACAGAACAAUACAGAAGGGAAGAAAAAAACCCCAAACAAAUUUAAUCUGACUUCGGCACCAGCUUCCAAAAGAAAAAAAAAACUUUUUUCUUGUCUUGCCCUGGCCGUCUCUUUUGUGUUUUGCCGUGAAGGAAAGUAGAACUCCACUCAUGCCAGUUUUGCCUCCCUGCUUUGCUCUGUUGGGUUUGUAGCUGCUGCAGGUACGUUAGGAUUGUUGCAAAGAAACCUUUUGGUACUGAGACAGGCUUUCUGCGAACCUUCUGAUGUACCUGCUGUGCAGAAAACCUGUCUGCAGGGUCCUUCCUUUGGAAGUGUGACAUCGUACGUCUUUGCUGCCUUGCAUCAUUCUGCAUUGUAUAUGAAGUUUCUGUAGUUAAUGUUUACAGGACGAUGCAUGCUUGUCAUUGCUGCCAUUGUAAAAGCACCCCAAAACUACACAGGCAAGUUAGAAACAAAACGCUGGCGGGAAGGGAGAGGAAAAGCACAAUCUCACAAAGCUGGGCUUAGAAAUACAGCCAGCCUUCUCCUUCUCCCUGCCUCUGUUUUGAGAGUAGAUGUAAUGUCGAUACCUCAUGAGCCAGCCUGUAAUUCAGUACCAGCAGUAAGCCUGUACCUCACUGACCUGCUGCACUGGAUUCCUUGUAAGGGUGACUGUCCUGAAGGCCGUGAUGCUGUCCCAAGUUCUGUUUUCUCCUUCCGUCCAGUGCUGUUGUAAAUGUUUUUUCCCUUGUCUCCCAAGGCUUUGGCAGUCAGGGUAGCACCGUAAAUCAAGCGUUGGAUUUGAAACAAAUCCAAAAUUAGAUUGUGCUUCUUGGGAGACCUUGCUGGAAACGUGCAGGUAUGGAAAUGCACAGCUCUGCAGGUCAGUGCCAAGGGCUGCCCUACACUUGUGAAAGAUGGCCAGGUGGGACAGCAAAGUGUACUUUAUUAUGUGCUUUCUUGGGCUCAGAAAAGCAGAUGUUUUCCAUUCAAACCAGCAAAGCAAAAAGCCACGACGUUUUAGAAGCUGGCAUCAGUCCUCAAAGGGAAGGAGGCUUCUUCAGCAGGACCCACGGUCAGACCUGGCUGCUCCGUACGGCGUAAUGCCACCGAUGUGUCCUCAGAACCCACACCAGCAAUAAGCCCAGCCUGCCCCUGGGCUGGGGGACCCGCAGCCUUCACUUCUGGUCACAAAAGAGUUCAAAUCUUUCUCCUGAUUUUUGAAUGUACGGCGUUAAAUACGCCCUUAUGGAGAAGGAUGGACGGACUGUGGUGCGGAGAGGAACGUUCCACGGACAGCUGUCAGUGCACCAAAGUGCUCGGUGGUGUUCAGCUUUACUACAGCUCAGCCAAACUGGAGGUGAAACAACGUUAACCCGACAGCUCUAUUUUUUAAAGGAAUUACAUCUAUGUUCCCUUUGUAAAUGGAAGAGAAUAUAAAUCUUUUUAUGGGAAAAAAAAAAAGAAGAAGAAUGUAAAGUUAAAAAAAAUAAUAAAUGUAUAUCUGUAUUUUUGGAUCACGUUAUAGAUAAUGAAUAUAUUGAUAUAAAUAAAAUAUUUUUGGGAAUCGA